AUGGGAAAACUAGAGUUUUUGAGUUUCUGGCAACAGAAGUUGAUAAGGUCUGCGCAAGAAUGACUGAAGAACAUCGGACUGAUGCCUUUUUUCGGAGGACAGAUGGAACCACCAUUCUUCAUAUUUCCAUUCUUGCUGAGCAUUUUGACUUGGCUGGGUUAAUUGCAACGAGGUACCCAUAUUUAAUUAAUCUACCGGAUGACGAUGGUAUGACCGCUCUUCAACUUCUGUCUUGCAAUCCAUCAGCAUUUCAAAGCGGAUGUCAACAAGGAUUUCUGAAGCUGCUCAUCUUCUCUUUGGUCUCAAGAAAAGGAGAUAAGACCGAAGGAGGAGAUAAUCAAGGGUUACACGUUUGCAAACCAGUUUCAUUUAUAUUUGAUUUAGGUAUGUCAUAUGAAAGUCUAUUUCUUUGGCUGAUGUUUUGCAUGUUACUUCUGAACUUUAACUCAUUAAGUCUUUCCUUCAAUCUACAAAUUUUAAUUGAAUUCCAUCAUUUUAAGGAUGCCACAUUAAUCAAAAGAGGUUGACAGUUGAAAAGCUAAGCGUGUUUUUCUUUUUCAACUCCCAAACUGGUUACUUAAUUACUUUCAUUCUUGAAAAGCUAAAUCAUGUUGGAGAUCGCCCAUAUUGGAAGCAGUUAGGAAAGAGAAGGCUAGAUACGAAUCAGCUGCCAAACUUGCUGAGUUGUUGAUUCCAAAUGACACUUCAUGGAAGCUCACUAAUCCACGAGAGGACCGCAGUAAGCCUAGAACUCACAGAUAUGGUCCCAGAACUUCCUUAAACGAGAAAGGAUUGGGACGAGAUGGAUUGCAAUCCCUCUCCGUAGGUAAUGAAGAGAAAGAAACCCCCCAAGGACAGUCCCAGGAAAGUAAGAAAUCAUCUUUUACUGAAAGAGAAGGAGGAGGAGAAGAGGAAGAUUACACAACUCCCAUCAUAAAGACCGGGGAAACUCCUUUGUUUUUGGCCACAAUGUCAGGCAUUCGAGAGAUUGUUGAACAAAUACUAGAUGUGCACCCACAGGCUAUUGAGCAUAUUAAUAACAGAGGGAAGAACAUUUUGCACGUUGCCGUCAAGUACCGCCAAAUAGAGAUCUUCAAUCUGGUGGUGAAUAAUGAAAUGCUAGCGAGGAGGCUAGUAAGAAAGACUGACGAAUGGGGGAACUCCAUACUUCAUAUGGUUGGGAAAAAAAGAUCAGGUUACAUAGCUGAGAAGAUACAAAGCCCUGCUCUCCAAUUGCAAAAGGAGUUGCUCUUGUUUGAGCGAGUGAAGGAAGUCUCCAAAACCUAUUUCAUCAAACACCUCAACGAAAAUAAGCAGACUCCAGAGGAACUAUUUGCUAAAACCUAUUCCGAUCUUCAUAACAGUGCCACAGAUUGGCUGAAGCGCACUUCUGAAAACUGCACCAUUGUUGCCGUUCUCAUCGCCACCGUAGCAUUUGCUGCAGCCUACACCAUACCAGGAGGACCAAAUCAAAGCACGGGUUUACCUCUCCUCCUCUCCCAACCUUUCUUUGUGAUUUUCACCUUGACCGACGUCAUUUCCCUUACUUUUGCGUUGACCUCAGUGGUCACAUUCCUCUCAAUCCUCACCUCCUCAUUUCGAUUACAAGACUUCAAGAACUCUCUUCCUCAAAAGCUCAUGCUGGGUUUCACAUUCUUAAUCCUCUCAGUCUCAAUGAUGAUGGUGGCAUUUGCUGCAACAAUAGUCCUCAUGAUACGUAAUAAGGAAAGGUGGACAAAAAUUGUGCUAUACUCAGUUGCAUUCCUGCCAGUUACCCUCUUUGCUAUCUCAUAUUCACCUCUAUACCUAUCCCUCUUGGAAGCCUGCAAAUACCCCCUCAAGCUCAUACUGAAGGCUUGUCCUAGGUGUAAUUGUUUUCCUCUUCAACCUUGGAUAAACAAUAAGUCGUUCGAGGAUAAUAGUAUCCGAGGGGACAGCUCCUCCAUUAAACCCCAUAAAUCUCAUCCCAACCGUACUCCGGUUUGAAAGAAGAAAUGAUCGUCUCAUUUUCUUUGUAUUUUCAUUACUCCUUGUCCAUGUUUUACACAAAUAUUCUUCAGUUUGCCUGUAACAAGAACAAAAAACUGCAUAUAUUGAAUUUAAUUACCUUGUUUAAAGUGAACUAAUGAUCUGUAUUGCCUUUCUACAUAUGCACAGAGUUUUAAAUUUGAA